AGAUGGGGAGCCUUGAACGCAUCACACGUCACCGCUGGCCCGUCCCACCAAUGUCUGUGCGCGCGCCUUAGCAGAGAGACAGCGCGCCCCCGCGGCAGUACGGCGCUAAUUUAGAUAGUUUUCAGAAUCAUCAAAACCCCGGAGAAUAAAUCCGUGUCAGUGCACGCGGGCGGGCGCGAGGGAGUCAAAGGUCGUGACGGGCACGGACGCGGUCUAGCUGAACGGGUCUCGCGGCUCGCUGGAGGAGUAAAACGCGGGUUCCGGUGGCGAUAUUUGUUGUGUCAGGAAGUUUGACGUGCUCGCUUUUAAGCUAAUUUGUCGCUUUGUUUUGACUGGAGCGCUCGCGGGCUGCUGUUGGAUUAAGGCCGCGCGCGCCGUGACUUCGUGACUGUCAAAAGGCAGAAAGAGCCUGUUGUAGUUUUAUCGUUUUCUGGACACAUAACUUUAAGAGUUUUUGUUUAUAGAAGUCUGUAUUCAUCAAACUUAACUUUUUAAUAAGUUUAUGUGUUGCAAACAAUUUUUUUAAUUAUUUUUAAAACAUUUUUUGUCUCUUAAUACGGUCGCCAUUGAUGUCAAAUUCAUAAAUUAUUUUGCUUCAGGACGUUUACAUGACGAAACUUAUGUUUUUAAGUUGCAAAUCGAGGAAGUUUUGUUGAAUUCUGGGUAAUUUUUUUUGCUUAAAAUAGUCUGGAUCUCUCUGGCGAAAGAGUGGAGGAAAAUCUGCACAGUUAGCAGGAAGAGCGCCGUCCAAAUCACGGAAAUCUGUCUUUCUCUCCUCCUGGCGAAGCUUUAAUGGAUUUGAUGCGGGCGCGCGGCGGCAGCAGCAGCUCGUGCCUAUAUUUGGUUCUGCUGCGAUGAAGCUCUCUCUGUCCGGUCAGUCUGGAGGGGGGCAGAAAAGUGGACUUUUGAGUGAAAAUGUUUUGGAAAUGUGAGUUUUCCGAAGCUGCCGGGCUCCAGCGGCGCGCGGGCUGGAGUCUCAGCUGCAGCGGCUCCAUGUAGACUUUUCCAUCGGAACAUUUUCCGCCUGGAGCGAACGGUUCUGCUUAUUUUUUUUUGGAUAUAUAUACAUAUAUUUUAAUCACCCCUUGUUAAAUUUCCGUGGGAAAAGCUGGGGGGGUCAGCGCCUCCAUGGCGCACCUCCUCUCAGGUGUGACCGCCGGGAUUCUGCUGGAUGUAAACAAAGGGGAUCUGUGACGUCACGAGUCGUGCAGGACACCUGUGAGUGGAGGAGGCCCCGUCCAGCUGAGAGAACAGGCUGUGGGUGGUUCGGUGCUGCAGAAGCAAACAGCCUGAAGACUCAUCUUAUGCAAACAGCGCCACAAUGAAUGAGAGGCAGGCUCUCCAUUCCAUCAUGAAGGACCUGGUGGCGCUCCAGAUGACGCGACGCCAGCCUGUGAUGUCCUACGACAGCGGCAAACCAAAGACGCUGACGCAGGCGAACCGACAGGAUGACGUGAGGAUAAAGUUUGAGUUCUCAGGAGAGAGGAGGAUCCUGGUGUUUGAAAGGCCUGUGCAGUUUGAGGAAAUUCAGCAAAAAGUCAAGAGUGUGUUUGGUCAGCUGCUGGACCUGUACUAUGUGAACAAUGAGAUGUCCAUCCCUUUGAGAGGUCAGGACGACUUGGAAAAGGCCGUGGACUUGCUGGACCGAAGCUCCAACAUGAAGAGCAUCCGGAUCCUGCUGCUCACUCAGGAGCACAAACAUGCAACCUCUCCCUCCCAUCAUGCACCUUGCAAGCAGGUGAGAAUCAAGUCCUCCCAGUCUACUGGAGACGUCAGUACGGUGUACCAAUCCUCUGAACCCAGGGGGCGCCACUUAUCAACCGGGUCUCAGAACACCGGGCGAAGUUCUCCACCUCCUGGAUACGUGCCUGAACGCCAGCAGAGGAUCGCCCGGCAAGGUUCAUACACCAGCAUAAACAGCGAGGGGGAGUUCAUACCAGAGACCAGCGACCAGUGUAUGCUUGAACCCUGGAGCAGCGCAGAGAAUUCAAUCUCUGGAAGCUGUCAGUCUCUGGACAGCAACUCAGACAGCCCGUCAGUGAGGAAGUCCCGGAUGCACAGAGCUAAAAGCUACCCUGAUAAUCGGCAAGAGUGCGCAGACAGAGAAAACUACAUGUAUGACAGGGAAGCAGGGAAGGGAGGCACUUACCCUCGCAGGUACCACGUUUCCCUGCAUUGUAAGGACCAUAACGAAGGUCGUAGAACAUUUCCACGGAUCCGUCGCCCACAGGGAAACCUGUUCACGUUGGUGCCUUCGAGGCGGUCGCUCAACAGCACAGAGGACAGUCUGGGAAGCUGGCAGAUGGUUGAUGCACAGGGCAGGCUGCGACCCCAGGAACGCUCCGUCUCCCACAAAUCGCCCAGCGCUCCAGUGACGUGGCGUCGAGGAAAGCUUCUCGGACAGGGCGCGUUUGGACUGGUUUACCUGUGUUACGAUGUGGAUACUGGGAGGGAGCUGGCAGCAAAGCAAGUCCAGUUUGACCCAGAAAGCCCAGAAACCAGCAAGGAGGUCAGUGCUUUGGAAUGUGAAAUCCAGCUUCUGAAAAACCUGCACCACGAGCGCAUCGUCCAGUACUACGGCUGUCUGAGGGACCACAGCGAGAAGACCCUCACCAUCUUCAUGGAGUACAUGCCCGGAGGUUCGGUCAAAGACCAACUGAAAGCGUACGGCGCCCUGACUGAGAACGUGACGCGCAAGUACACCAGACAGAUCCUGGAGGGCAUGUCGUACCUGCACAGCAACAUGAUUGUACACAGAGACAUCAAGGGUGCCAACAUCCUGCGGGAUUCAGCGGGAAACGUGAAGCUCGGAGACUUCGGUGCCAGCAAGAGGCUUCAGACCAUCUGCAUGUCUGGCACCGGCAUCCGCUCUGUGACCGGCACCCCCUACUGGAUGAGUCCGGAAGUGAUCAGUGGAGAAGGCUACGGCAGGAAGGCUGAUGUCUGGAGUCUGGGCUGCACCGUGGUGGAGAUGCUCACCGAAAAGCCCCCCUGGGCUGAAUAUGAAGCCAUGGCCGCCAUAUUCAAGAUCGCCACCCAGCCCACCAACCCGCUGCUCCCCUCGCACAUCUCUGAGCAGGCGCGAGACUUCAUCCACUGCAUCUUUGUGGAGGCCAAACACAGGCCGAGCGCCGAGGAGCUGCUCAGACAUCCUUUCUCCCAGGUUCUGUGCUGAGACCUGCCGGAUUUAUGAACAGAUUCUGGUUCGAACGGUUCUGGAGCUACCAUUUACUGUCCAAAUAUCAGUGUUAAGCUUUCUGAGCUACGGCCAUGAUGAUUCAGUGCAUUAAUUCAGAGACAUUUGCCUUAAAAAACCAACGCCAGCGUAUAAUCUGGAGCGUCCACAAGGGGGAGCCGCAGAUCUUCAAUCAGCAGAGGAGCAUUGUGAUCUUAUCAGAACCCUAAAACUGUGGAGAAACACCAUGACUGAAGAUGUUUCUCAUUUAUAAAUAUAACUUGAAGGGAAUUCCAAUGAAAGUAGGGCUGCCACAAAAGAUUAUUUUAUCAAUCAACUAAUCACUGAUUGUUUUUUCCAUUUAGUCGACAAAUCGGGUCAUGUGCAAACUGG